AUGUCCGUUGAAAAUCCUGGUGACACCGGCGGAAAACAAACGACUGACUCGGCGGGUGUCGGUCAGCGCACUUUUGAUGAACAUGCCGAUGAACAGGGCUACAAUCGGCACUUCAAGAGGAACGCCUAUGCGACUAGCAGUGGCAGCAGCCGUUCACCAGUACAGAGUCGCAACGUCGGUUCUCGUGGAUCGCGAGUAAGACAGGUGAGUAAAAUACAGCGUGAUACACUGAAAGAGAAAAUCAUUCAAAGGUUCAUCACGGCUUGGGAGCCAACUACCCAAAAGCCGAUCACCCAAAAGCUGAGAGAGGGCAGAUUCGUUCUUAUGAUCGCCGCCUAUGGUCCGUUCGUGAACUCCACUAAACCGUGA